AUUGGAUUCAACCAUCGUCGGCCUUGAUUUGCCAUGGGGCAAGGUGUGUCCGUCGGGCUGUCCGUGCCCUUGGCUGAAGAGCUCUUGUCGGAAUUGGCCCAGUACACCUUAGAGGCACCCGCGAGCUCAUGGGGAAGCCAGUCGACGGAGUCAUGCGCACGAUUCCGCUGGGCUGUGAACGUGGGCUGCUGGAUGCCAGAUGGUGGCUCACAUGGAGAAGAAUUCCGGCUCUUGUUGUCUUUGUUGCCCUUCGAAGAGCAGCAGGCGGUGAUGCAGUACCGGACCUUGCCAGAUCGCAAGCGCACGUUGGUUGGCCGCUUGCUGUCCCUAAGAGCGUGUGCACAGGCUUUGGGAGACCCAACCUAUGAUCACAUUCAAAUUGGCAGAACGAAGGGCAAAAAGCCCUUUUUGCACUCACCUCUGCCUGGCAGUUUGCCGAACUUCAACUUCAACAUCUCCCAUGAUGGCAACUGGGUCGUUUUGGCCUCCGAUUGCUUGUAUUUGGUGGGUGUUGACGUUUCUGCUCCUCAAAUUGAUCGUGGAGAGCCGGACGAUGAGACCUGGUUUCAGGACAUGACCUCUGUUUUGACUGAGACUGAGAGGGAGACCAUCAGGAGAGGCAAGACACACCAAGAGCGCUACGCGAUUUUCCAGAGGAUUUGGUCUGCCAAGGAAGCGGUGGCCAAGGCAGUUGGUCAAGGCCUGUCCUUCGGCCUGGAAAGGAUGGAGGUGUCCUUUCCAGAACUGGAGGAGGAGGGCAUCGGCAGUCUGGUCUGGUCAGCCAUGGGCUGGUCCAGGUCUGAGGAGCACCCGCCCAAACGAGGUCGGACAAACUUCUCAUCCUUAUUGGCCAACUUGCAAGGUGGGGCUCGAGGGGAUCGGCAAAGCAAGAGGCUGGAGGAUGGCAGGGUUCUUCAAGGGAAGCCGUGCAAAGUAGAAUUGCAUAUCGACCACUGGCUGCGGACAGACUGGAUGGUGGAGCAACAGGAAUUCUCGGGUGGAUCCUGGGUGACCGUGGCGUUGGGUCCUGUGGAUGACGCUGUGGAUGCCGACGGGAACUUCAAAACGACAUUCCGCAUCCCUGGUUUGGGAGGUCCUGCAAGCGUGGAGGCUCGCGUUUGCAAACACUUGUGCUGGCUUUGCAAAGCCAUGUGACAUCACUCAGAUGCAUCGAAUUUUGAAUCCGCGAUGCCGCCAAAGAGCUUGAUACCAGGUUGCUAGCUUUCAAACGCCUUGGUUGGACAGCUUGCACUGUAGCUUGGAAACACGGCCUGUCCCCAGGACGUGUUUCCAGGGCCUGGGUUCCCUGUGUGGUGUUGGCCGGCAACUGGGUCUGAAUAAAGGAAGGCCUCGGCAACUGGGUCUAGUUGCCAUGUUUCUCCUGGUCUGGCUUUGCAGAGGUUGAGUCCGGUGUACAUUCGAUCACGUGACGUGCAAUGAUGCAUCAAAUGCAUCUGGCGGCAAAGCGCUUCAACAGCGCAACAAUCUGCCUCGAGCAACGUGGAACUGGUCAAGAUCUUUCUUGGCCUGUUGGCGCCUGUGGGCGCCAGUAGGGGAACUCUUGUGGUCGCGUGCAGGCGCUGGCAGCUAAAGGGCAGUCGAAUCCUUAGAUGUGGAAGGCGGUGGUGUCUUUUGCGAUCUGACUCGGCGAGACCUCAGGACAGAAGCUUCACAGAACUGGAUUCCCAAACCUUCAGGUUUUCACCAGCUCUCAGUGGAUGCACUGGCCCCUGAGAAGGUCCGAAAGGAGCUUACGGCGCUGAAAGCUCGCUCCUGGGCUGCAGCGGCUGGCGUGUGACUCAUGACUCCGUGUGACCCAA